AUGGCAAUUUCGGGGCUUCCCCCAACUGCUACUCCAGGUCAGCCAUUGGCCUCAUCAAGUCGUUAUGUUCCCGGCACUGGCGUGCACAUCUUUGAUCGCGAAAUAUGUGCAUCUAUCGUUGGAAUCCCGCAGCUAUCCCCUAGCUCAUCUUCAGGGCGUGAACAAAUCUUGUCUGUUCUCCCUUGUACCGAUUCCACAAAUAAAAACGGGAUUCUACCACAAUUGGGAGCUAUAAUUUUGGGAAGGGUGACGAGGAUAACCCACAUUGAAGCUACAUUGGCUAUUUUUGUUGUGGGCGACGUAGUCUGCACUGAUGAGUUUAAAGGUAUUAUCAG